UAACUUUUGUUUCCCCGACUCCGUCAAAACCUCUACCCGAGUUGGAGUAUUUCCCUUGCUUUUACGGAGAAAACAUAAGCGACGACUUCGCCGUUGAUCGUUUUCAUCUUGCCGAUUCCAGAUUCCGUAAUUCGAGUUUCGAUAUGGUUUGCCUUAUGUGCUUGGUGCCGCUGUUCCUCGUCCCGAUAGUCAAUUUGUUGCCUCGGAUCCUCGACUAUUUCAUGGCCAAAGUGUAUGCAUUGCUGGGGUGGGAAUACAGGAAACCUGAGAGGGCUCCUCCAGUGUGUCCAUAUAAGCCUUCUACAAGAAAUGGCAAUGCCACAAAGGCUCCGGAAAACGUACAAAAUCCGGUGGCAAGAGACGCAGAGGUGAAGCAGGACUGAACCGAACGUGGAUAUAUGGUGCUGAGCUUGAUGUGUUCUUGUUAUUACAGUCUGGAAUAAUAUAUGUUUCUGUUCAUUUAUUACAAAAUAACGCUAAUUAGAAUGUCACGGUUUAAUGUUUUUGUUGUGUUAUAUGUAUUGUCCCCCUAUUAAAUUGGUUGUUCUUACAUUAAUCCUGAAUCAAGAGCCAUCCAAAUGAUUUGGAAUAUA